CUUUAUUUCUUUUUCUUCCUUUUUCUCUUUUUUCUUUCUCUCUCUCUCUCUCUCUUUCUCUCUCUUUUUCUCUCCGAAGAGGAGAACCCCGAGGAGAUCGAUCCGGGUUUCGGAGCACGAAGAGACGCACAUGUUCGAUUCUGACAAGCAGAGUGACGGCCGCGCGCACAACGAAACAGUGCUUUUCCGUUGCUUUCCCGUUGCGGGGAGAGACGACAGGUGAUCGAGCUUGUGAUCGAUGAUCGAGGAACUCUCAUCGGGCGUGAGACGUCGGUGUUCCGAAUCGUGUACGUGACGGUUCUGGUAACGCAGAAGCCGCGACGGCGGCGACUGGUGAUCGAGAACGAGAGGAGGACUGUAGAUCGGCCGAACGGGAGGAGGUUUCUCGCUCUUCGAACGAUACUCAUCGUAAUGAGUUGCGAGCACGUGUGUGAUUUUCCGCAGUCUAGUCACGAGUCUACGCGCCGUAUCGUCGUAUUUAAUAUAUCACGCUAUACCAAAUAGAGCUUGCAGAGCGAGAUAUCGUAGAGCGGUUGUAGGCGGUGCCGUCGUCGUUUCGGUGCGAGGAAAAAAGAGAAAGAAACGAAGGAACGAGGAGGAAGAGGAAACGACACCGCGCGAGCACGCGUUAUAAUUACUUAGCAUUCGGUAGCGUCGGGAAUUAAUAAGCACCAGUAUAAGCUCGUCUAAGAUACGGGAGGAAAAACGGACACUCGAUGCGCGCCGUCUCAACACAUCUGUGAUCUCAAUCGUGAAUAUAGAAAGUUUCAUGUCCCGGCGCGCUAUCGACACUCGUCGUAACACGCGGGUGGUCGCAGUGACGUAAAACUGUUCGGAGGGGCGAGAUAUAUAUUGACACUUGAAGACUGUCCGCACACUUCCCGAGUUGGUAUCUGACUCGCUCGACUAAUAAGUGUCACACCCGACAUCGGUAUCGAGCGCGAGCCUGUGAGGAUUCGAGAGCUUCGCGUGACAUGUCACGGAUGGCCGCGACUUCCGAGGCUCAGGAGAAUUAUUGAGGCCCCGCAAGGGAAUGGAUUUUCAGAGCGCGAUGGACACCUUCGUAGAGGCAUGGGUGGCUGCUAAGACGGAUCAAGUGCAGAGCCAGGCUUUGGCAUUGACACACAAGGCCUCGCCACCAUCUAGACCUAGCAGCGUGUCCUCGUUACCGAGAAGCCCUCAGUCUCAUCAGUCCCAGCAGUCUCAGCCGCAGAGCACACCUCAGGCGACGCCGGUGCACCCGCUGCAGUCGCAGACACCUCUGAGCGCACCUCAGACGCCGUUCUCCGCGCACAAUCAGCACCCAAAGCAAGAAAUCAACGCCAGCCCCAAGCAGGAGGGCUUUGAUCUCAGCAAAACCGCCUCCAGCACAGCGAAAAAUCUGCCGGUGCAUUGUGUGGUGGAGACGAUUCACAAUAUUGUGGAAAGUCAUGUGAGCAACAGCCGCGAAAAAUGGCGAAGUCCGCAAGUGGAGACGGACUCUUACGUUAUUAUUCCGGUAGCUAUGCCCUUUCAGGACUUGGUGGGCGAGGCGCUCGUUCGUUUGGGAUAUUCCAGCGAUCUGAUACCGAGCGCCAGAGGGAGCAUCGUUAUACGGAAUUGGAAACCCCUGCCGAUGGAGAAGGUCGCCGACGGGCCAUUACUGACGGUGGGCGACAUCCUGGCCGAACUGACGUCGGUAGCGACCCUGAAAAUUCAGGUGUACAGAUCCAGACCGCCACCCCCUAGUCCAGCCGCUGAAGUUAGAAACAAAUUGCUGAGGUUGCUGCUGUUGCACAGCCAUACGCUACUCGUCUCCGCUGGAUGCCCCUUGGACGAGAUGACCCUGCUGUCCCUCUGCCGAGGCGGCAACGAUCUCUCGGAGGAGACGAAGAGGAACUUCGAGACGUGGUUGCAGCAGCAACAGAUAGGCCUCGGCAUAAACCCGAUACCGCCGACUUCCAAUCACCAUCAUCACCACACGCAAAGUCCGCAGCCCGACAGCGGCGGCUCGAUCACACCCGGCAGCGGUCCCAUCGGUCCGCCGCAUCCGGCGCUGCUCCAGUACUCGCACAAGACCCGAAUGAGGACCAGCUUCGACUCGGAACUCGAGCUGCCGCGUCUCCAGCGCUGGUUCGCCGAGAAUCAACAUCCGUCGCGCGAGCAGAUCCAGCACUACGUCGCGGAAUUGAACUCACUGGAGUCGCGCCGGGGCAGGAAGCCGCUGGACGCGAACAACGUCGUGUACUGGUUCAAAAACGCGAGAGCGGCCCAGAAGAGAGCCAGCAUGAACGGAUGCAGUCCGCCCGGGCUCAGCCCGAGAGGUGCCAGCAUCGUCAGCGAGGACUGCACCGACGAGGAGGACGACACCAGGCAGCAGUCGACGUCGGGGUCACCCUGCCCUCCGAGCAGUCCACCCGUCGGUCCCUUGUCCUUGACCACAAGACCGGAGGACCAACAGCCGCCGUCGACGACCCCCUCGUCGGUGAAGCAGGAGGACGCGAGGGUGUCCUCCGGUUCCGAGGACGACGAGGCGAGGCACACGGGCCCCAUCCCGCCGGGAUUCUCGCUAGUGCCCAGCCCCAUGUUCGGCCACGGCAUAAUGUACAUGUCGCAUUAUCUGCCGCCGCGCGGCCCAACCGGCUGUCCCACCAGCAUGCUGGCCGACGAGAGGAGGAAGAGAAACCGGACGUUCAUCGAUCCCGUGACGGAAGUGCCGAGACUGGAGUAUUGGUUCAAACGCAGCACUCACCCGAGCCACGCGCUCAUUCUAUCGUACACGGAGGAGUUGAACAAGAUGCCCUAUCGUCAGAAGUUUCCGCGUCUGGAGCCGAAGAACGUGCAAUUCUGGUUCAAGAACCGCAGGGCCAAGAACAAGCGGCUGAAGAUGGCUCUGUUUGAGGGCGAGUCACCGCAACAGCAUCCAUAUCACGCAGACUAGUUAAUUUCGUUAAGUAACGUUCGCUAGAGAGACGAGAAAAACAGCGAGAGGAACAAACGGCGCGCGCGCGCGCGCGCGUGGGCGCGACGAAAUAAAGGGAAAUCGUUAAUCGACCUGUUACUCCUUACUACCGUUGACUACGCGGCUUUAACGCUUUAUGGGCCGCACAUUCAUUGUAAUUAUCACGUAAUAAUUAAUAUAAUUAUUAUGGACUUUCAUGAGUGUAAAUACGAGAUG